AUGACACCAUUGCGCUUCGUAACAGAAGGAGGCUUCAAAAAUGCCCAGAUAGGUCACGAAGAGCCUGUCGGACUAUUAAGUCUGUUGACAUUUGGGUGGAUCUACCCAUUGCUGUCAAUUGGAUACUCUAGACCACUAAUCAAAGACGACACCGGGACAUUGAAUCGGAAACGAGCCGUUGCGCUACACAAAAAUACCGUCCUUGAGACCUUCCAGCAAAAUCUCGCUGCUCGUAGGCGUUUUCCACUUCUCUGUGCCUUGCAUGAUGCAUUCAAAGCCCAGUUCUGGGUAGGAGGACUCGCCAUGCUGUUUGCAAAUAUUCUACAAAUCAUGGCACCUUGGCUACUGAGGUAUCUUCUCGUCAGCUUAUCGGAUGGGUCUUCCAACUCUACAUCCUUAACCUACGUGGCUAUACUCUUCACCACUCAGAUGGGGAUGAGCUUUGCUCUUGUCCAUUACCAUUAUCUGGGACAGGUUGUGGGUAGUCAGGUCAAAGCUGCUUUGACUGCUAUAGUCUUUGAGAAAUCACUGGAGUUCUCGAGCAAUGACGGCAACGACUGGACUGAGGGAAAGAUAUCGAACUUGAUAACGGUCGAUUCGCAGCGUAUCGAGAGCGCUCUCCUCUACGCAAACAUGAUCUGGAGUGAGCCUCUGGCAGUUGUCCUGGCAUUGAUUGUUCUCUUUUAUAAUCUUCGCUGGAGCGCACUCAGUGGUCUUAUCCUUCUUUUUGUUGGUGGGAAGGGAGUAGAACUUAGCAUGGGCUGGCUGAUAUCAGGGCGUGUGGCAAUUAACGCGGAAGUAGAUGACAGGACAUCGCGCCUUCAGGAGGCGCUGCAAAACAUGAAAUUUGUCAAGUUUCAUGGUUGGGAGUCAUACUUUCUUCGUCGGAUCUCGGAUGCCAGAGCGGCGGAGGUUCAGCAGCAACGCAGACUAUUGAACAUUCGAAGCACGAUCAUGUCCCUGUCCAUGUCCCUCCCUUCGUAUGCGGCCAUGAUUUCUUUUGUUAUGUUCAUGACUUACCAAGGUCGGCUUUCAGCUGCAGAGGCUUUUUCGUCGCUGGCCUUGUUUAAUUGUCUUCGCAAACCACUCAACAUCUUGCCUAUGGUGCUCAGUCAGCUCAUCGAUGCUUGGAUAUCUUUGCAACGCAUCGAGUCAUUUCUAAGGGAGAAUUACCAACAAGACACAAUUAUCUGGGCUCUCGGUGCACAUCACGCCGUGGACAUGACAAACGCCUCUUUUGCCUGGAACUAUGCUGCGGAAAUGAAACACAAUAAUGAUGAUUCAUCCGCUGCAAUCGGCGAAGAGACUGCAUUGCUGUCCGUGAAUAAGCAGUCCAGCCAGAAUGCUAGUAACGUCUUGUCCGCCGCCCUUCAUAACAUCAACUUGCAGAUCAAACAUGGGGAGCUUGUCGCGAUCUCAGGGCCAGUAGGGUCAGGGAAAAGUGCACUUCUCCUCGCCCUUGCAGGCCAGAUGAGCCAGACACAAGGUCAGGUCACACUAGGCGCAACACGCUCUUUCUGCUCUCAGGUCCCCUGGAUCGAAAGUGGAACAUUCCGCAACAACAUCCUGUUUGGGAAGCCUUUACGACAACCAUGGUAUGACCAGGUAGUGGAAGCUUGCGCUUUGAAUCCUGAUCUCGAAACAUGGGAGCAUGGCGACCAGACUUGUAUCGGCGAACAGGGCAUCACAUUAUCUGGCGGACAGAAGCAACGGAUUAGUCUAGCGCGAACAAUCUAUGCUGACGCCGACUUACUGCUUCUCGAUGAUCCCUUGUCGGCUUAUCCCACCAAUCGCACGUCAUUGCUCAAUGCGACCGUGUAUUAUGGCUAG